UCUCUGCAAAACUCCUUGAAGUUGGUUAGAGCAACUAACCCAAAGUUAUCCAAUGAGUAUUUGUGGCUGAGGAUGAACCAGAAUCUCUCCAGCUCUAAUCCAGCACCUUAACCACUACAUAUUGAUCUCACCCCAUUCCUAAGAGGUAGUCUGGAAAAAUCAGAUUCUUCACAAAGUGUUCAGUAAUUUAGAACAAUGUUUACAGACUUGGAGUAUGACAUUGAGGAAGACAAACUGGGGAUUCCUACAGUUCCUGGAACAGUGACCUUGAAGAAAGACUCUCAGAAUCUGAUUGGAAUUAGUAUAGGUGGAGGAGCCCAGUAUUGCCCCUGCCUGUAUAUCGUCCAGGUAUUUGACAAUACUCCUGCAGCCCUUGAUGGAACGUUGGCAGCUGGUGAUGAAAUCACAGGUGUGAAUGGGAAAUCAGUCAAAGGGAAAACCAAAGUAGAAGUAGCCAAAAUGAUACAGGUGGUGAAGGGAGAAGUGACAAUUUAUUACAACAAGCUCCAGGCUGAUCCAAAACAGGGAAAAACUUUAGACAUUGUGCUAAAGAAAGUGAAGCACCGCCUGGUAGAGAACAUGAGCUCAGGGACAGCAGAUGCCCUAGGGCUAAGCCGAGCUAUCCUCUGCAAUGAUGGCUUGGUAAAGCGAUUAGAAGAGUUGGAGAGGACUGCAGAACUAUAUAAAGGGAUGACGGAACAUACCAAGAGUCUUCUCAGAGCCUUCUUUGAACUGUCUCAGACUCACAGAGCAUUUGGUGAUGUUUUUUCGGUUAUUGGUGUACGGGAACCUCAGCCAGCGGCCAGUGAAGCGUUUGUAAAAUUUGCUGAUGCUCAUCGCAGUAUUGAGAAAUUUGGAAUCCAUCUUUUAAAAACCAUUAAACCAAUGUUGACUGACUUGAACACCUAUCUGAACAAAGCAAUUCCUGACACCAGAUUAACUAUCAAGAAGUAUUUGGAUGUCAAGUUUGAGUAUUUGUCGUAUUGUCUAAAAGUGAAAGAGAUGGAUGAUGAAGACUACAGCUGCAUUGCCAUGGGAGAACCUCUCUACCGGGUUGGAACUGGGAACUAUGAAUAUCGCUUAAUCCUGCGCUGCCGCCAGGAGGCACGUUCACGUUUUGCCAAAAUGAGGAAGGAUGUGCUAGAAAAAAUGGAGCUGCUAGACCAGAAACAUGUGCAAGAUAUUGUAUUCCAACUCCAGCGUUUUGUGUCCACGCUUUCCAAGUACUAUGAUGAUUGUUACGCUGUGCUAAGAGAAGCAGAUGUUUUCCCAAUUGAGGUGGACCUAGCACGUACCACAUUGAGUUACGGCCAAAAGGAUGUCUUCACAGAUGGAGCAGAAGAUGAGGAGGAAGAAGAAGGCAGUGGAAGUAGAGAAUGCAAUAAAAAAGACGAAGAAAAUGGAGAAAAACUCAUUGACGAUGCCUAAAUUUCUGAAUCCUGUCAAAAUCCCAUCAGAGACUGAUAAAUUUUAUUUCUCUAGACAGCUUGUCCACAGUGACUCUUCUCUUUGUACAAGUCCAACUAGGGAAUCAAGAUUCUGUGUUGAAUGGGAGCAUUUGGGGUAAUGACAUAUGCAAAAUCUUGCAAAAAAAAAAAAUCUCUCUGUCCGUUUGUGCUUUUCUCAAAAUCUCACGGAUCUCCUCCAGAGCUGGUGGGACUGAAAUUACCUUUAAGCAGCCUUCAACCAUCUCCCCAAUAAGGCUUCCUGCGCAGAUGGACUAUGAUUAAAUAUACAGCUCUUUCUUUUCCUGUCUCUCAGUCUCUCUCUCCCUCUUUCUUUCUCUUUCAGUAGCUGAGUAUCUCAUGUAAAAAUGCUGAGCGCCUUUGGUUUCCUAGGGUUUUCUUAUUCCAUCACUUUUCUGUUAUUUUUAAUCUUGAAUGCUAUUGCUGCCAGCAGGUGAAUUUAGUGUUAAAAUGUUGACUUCUCUGCAUUGUCAAGGCCCUUAAAAGGGAGACAUAAAGAUUAUUGAGGUUUACAGUAAGUCCACCAUUUUAGGACCUAAGUUCUUAAUUCAUACAAUUCACUAUCAUUACAUCUACACAUUUUUUCCCGUUUUGAAUGCUGCUUUUGUGGAAUGAGAGACUAUUAUGUGUGUCCCCUUAACUUAACACCUCUUUUCCUCCCAUUAAUCAUCAAUUCGGCAGCCUUAGAAAUGAGAAUGAUAAACUCAAAGGAAAUGGGGAGAAUUACUAAUAUUUCUCUCUCUUAUAUUUUCUUGAAUAAGUACAAUAUUCAGAUGUGAUCUAAAAGCAAAAAUACAAAAUAAGCCAGAAAUAAAAUCAAAAAGAUGAAAAUUGUCUGCAAUAAUAUUUAUGCCAAUGGGGACAACCCAUCAGAAAUCAUUGAUAGAACAUAUUACAUGAUAGCUAAUAAUGUGAAAAUUUGAGAAUACCACUAAUACACUGUGAAGAAAUCUCCCCAUCCUAUAUCACAGUUUCCAUAGGCUGCCGCCCUCCAGUUGUCCCAUCACCCACAAAGUAACAAAGUUGAGGAACGCUGCUCACAAUUUUGUUGAGUUUUCAAAUAAAAUAUUUUAAUUAUAAAGCAUUGUCCUUUGAGAAGAAAGGGCCUUUUUUUUCUCCUUAAAUUGGUGUAGUUUGUGCCAAUUGGCAAGAAGAAAAACUAUUUGAGAGUAUUGAUGAUGAACAUGUUUCCCUGUGGUUUUGGUUUUUGCUUCCUUUUCUCCCUCACACAUACACACACCCCAAAAGAAAGCCAAGCUAGGGUCAGAAUGAUCUUAGUGGGAUUUUACAAGUCAAACAGAAUGACUAACGAAGAGAAAUCUUAGAGGUGACAUGAUAGCUGUCUUCCAAUAGUUGAAGGGUUGUCACAGGGGAGAGGGCAUCUAUUUAUUCUCCAAAUCAACUGAGGGUUGGACAAGAAACAAUGGGCAGAAGCUAGUCAGAAUGAGAUUCAACCUAAGUAGAAAUUUCCUGACAGAACAAUUAAGCAAUGGAAUAGCUUACCUCCUGCAUUUGUGGGGGCCGUCGCUGGAGGUUUUCAAGAAAAGGUUGGACAGCCAUUUGUCCAUAUUGGAAUAAGGACUUCUGCUUUGACAAAGGGGCUGGAUUAAGAUAACCUCCAAGGUCCUAGCCCCAUGAUUCUAAUUGAUUCGACUUCACUCGACUCUUAUUCUCUAAUAAGAAUAUGAAGUUUCUGGUCUUUUUCCUUCCAACUUAAGCUUUAGGUUUGUGUCUCCUUAAUCCUUCUGUUUACACCACAGUAAAAAAAAAUCAAUAAUGAAAGAAUCAAAUUCCUUCCAGAUUGUAGGAGUCAUUUGGUUCCAAAAGGGAAAUGUUUCCAAAAUAUUCCUAAAAAUCAACCCCACAAAACAGAUAAAACACAGCAACUCCUCAAAUGUGUUAGAAAUGAGAAAAGUUGUAUUGAUAGGCACCUGUCAUGUAUGAGCAACCAGACCCACACUGAGGUCAAACAAGCUGCUUUAUUGUUCUAUGUCUAUUCCACAGGAAUGCCCCAGCUGAUAGAUUUUGCCUGGGGAAAACUAGAUAAGGCUCAAAGGCAUUCCGGAGGGGUCAGACUUCGCUCUCUUGUGUUUACAUAAUGAUUCCAGACUAAUUUCCUGCUUGACCACUUCUCUUGACUGGGACAGUUG